UAUUAAGUCUAGUGACUAGUGACAUAACCCAACUUUUUUACCGAAUUUAAUUUGGUUUGUUUCCCGUUUUCCUGCACUUUGCAAUGAUUUUAAGGGGGCUGUUGCGCCCGGCGUGGCUCCGCCCCUGCCGUUUCACGCACGCAAGUGUGCCCCAACCGAACCUUGUAGACAAAAUCCCGGCUUACUUUGAGUUGAACGAAGGCCUGGCGGGUGACCCCCAUUUGGGGCAAGCCCUCGUGUCGUCAAUGACCGUUCAUAAUGAUUUUUUGUCGCAAAGUGAGGAGGACAGUCUGAUUGAAGAAAUUGAGCCCUAUAUGAGCGAGUUGAAGUACGAAUUUGACCACUGGGACGAUGCCAUUCAUGGGUAUCGCGAGACUGAACGUUUGAAUUGGAAUGAAGCCAAUACGAAAAUUUUGAAUAGGGUGAGGGAGAUUGCCUUUCCGCCAAGUGUUGCCCAGCUGAGGCAUGUACAUAUUUUGGAUUUGGAUAAAAAUGGGUAUAUCAAGCCGCAUAUUGAUGCAGUGAGGUUUUGCGGUGACACAAUCGCUGGCUUGAGUUUGCUAAGUGAUAGUGUGAUGAGACUAGUGCACGAUAAAAACAAAGCAAUUUAUGCAAACAUUUUGCUUAAAAAACGCUCCCUUUAUAUCAUGAGAGGUACGGCUAGGUUCGACUACACCCAUGAAAUUUUAGCCAACAAUUGUAGCAACUUCAAGGGUGAUAAAAUAGUUAAAGACCGCCGAAUUUCGGUAAUUUGUAGAAACGAACCUAAUAAAUAAAGAAACGCAAACAGGAUUA